AUGGUUUUGCUUCAUCUUACAAUUGAGGCCAAUGCCAUCCACUGCCCACCAUUGCUACAGGUGCCAGACUAUGAACGCAGGAUGACACGCAGCAAUGAACCUGUACGGAUCGUGUGCCAGGCCGAGAUUGACCUGCUGUCAGGUGUUCUCAGUGCACGGGAGAAGGCUUGCUUUCGAGGCCUACCACCAGACGAAUACCACAGCGAAGGCCUGCAAGCGGCAAAGCUUAGUGAGAUGAUCUUGGACCAGAAGCUCAAUGGGACGCUGGACCAAGGUAUUGGUGUCCUCAUCGUAUUCGAUCAGGAACAGGUGAGCUCAACGUACGACAACUCAUUGAAGACCAUCAAGAACACCUCAGAGGUCUUGGACACUCUAUAUGGCCAAGCAAAGCAGCUUGCAUGA